GGACUCCUGCAUCACAAAGGGGACAAAACAAACUUCUCAUCGAGGUUUGGCCAAGGUUCCAUCAUCGGGGUGCACUUGGACACGUGGCACGGGACGCUCACGUUCUUCAAAAACCGCAAGUGCAUUGGGGUUGCAGCCACGAAGCUGCAGAACAAGAAGUUUUACCCCAUGGUGUGCUCCACGGCGGCCAAGAGCAGCAUGAAGGUGAUCCGCUCCUGCGCCAGCUGCACGUCCCUCCAGUACCUCUGCUGUUACCGCCUGCGCCAGCUCCUCCCCGACUACGUGGACACGCUGGAGGUGCUGCCGUUGCCACCGGGACUCAAGCAGGUGCUGCACAACAAACUGGGGUGGGUCUUGAGCAUGAACUAUAGCACAUCGAAGCCUUCCUCCUCCUCUUCCUCCUCCUCCUCCUCAUCGGGAAGCGACUCGGACAGCUCGUGUGGCUCAGAUGCAGAGGCCUGCCAGAGGAAGAGGUGCAGGAGGACAUAAUGUCUCUGCAGAUGA